CUCGUCUCGGCCAUGAGACGCCGGAUCGACCCCCAGGCCCCGUCCAUCCUUCCUCCCAACAGGACCAGCGCCAAUCCAAUCCAGCACGACCCGACCCAGCCCAACCCGCAAUCGCCAGCUGGAAGCCGCCCACCUCCACCCGCCAGCGAUCCCAUCGGCCUGCUCACGAUGCUGUCCCAUGUCGACGACCAGGCCUCGUCCCAGUCGGAGCGAUCCGACAGGGCCGUCCCCCGGCUGGUCAUCACCAAGAUGACCCUUACCAACUUCAAAUCCUACGCCGGCACGAUCAUCAUCGGCCCGUUCCAUAAGUCAUUCACAUCGAUCGUCGGACCCAACGGAUCGGGCAAGUCCAACGUCAUCGACUCGCUGCUCUUUGUGUUUGGAUUCAAGGCCAAGAAGAUGAGACAGGGCAAGCUCUCGGACCUCAUCCACUCCUCAGCGGCCUUCCCAAACCUUACAAGCUGCACCGUCGAGAUUUCAUUUGCGGAGAUCAUCGACCAACCGGGCACGGAUGACUUUACCGUCAUUCAGGGCAGCGAGCUCAACAUCUCCAGGACCGUUGAAAAGACCGCCAGCGAGCGACAAGGCGACAAGAGCACCUACCGCAUUAAUGGCCGAGCCAGCAGCUACACCGAGGUUACCAGCACGCUCAAAGCCAAGGGUGUCGAUCUGGACCACAACCGGUUUUUGAUUCUGCAGGGCGAGGUCGAAUCGAUCGCGUUGAUGAAGCCCAAGGCACAAAGCGAGCACGACGAUGGACUUUUGGAGUAUCUCGAGGACAUCAUCGGAACCAGUCGAUAUAAGAAGGAUAUUGAGGAGCAUGCGGCCCUGCUCGACACACUCAACGACCAGCGACAGGAAAAGGUCACCAAGCUCAGGAUUGUGGAGAAGGAUAAGAAUGCUCUCGAGUCCCGGAAAGAUGAAGCCGUGGCAUUCGUCAACCUCGAGAACGAGCUCUGUCGCAAGCGCAAUGCACUUUAUCAGUUCCAAGUGUACCAAGCCAACCAACAGAUGAACGAGACCAGCCUCGAAAUUGAGGAGCUAUCCAUGAAAAUCGAGGCUGAGCGACAGAAGCACAAGUCCCUCGAAAAGGAGAUUGCCAGUCUCGAGGCGCACUCGAGCGAGUUCGUCGAUGCAUACGAGCGCCUCGCCGCCGAGGCCGAGACCACUCGGAAGCAGCUCGCCAAGCAUGAGCGCGCCGAAGUUGAGUUCCGAGAGAAAGAAAAGCAUCUCAGCCAGAAGCAGAAAAAGCUCCAGAAGAUUGUUGCGCAGGAGAGGCGGGACAUUGCCGAGACCAUCAACUGGGUCCGAAACUACGACGGCGACCGGGCCAAGAUUGUCGGUCAGCUGGAGGAGCUGAACGAGCAAAAGGAAGCUGAAGAGGCCGAGCUGGAAGAGAUCCGGUCGAGUCUGGAAGGCAAGACCACCGAGAUCCAAAUGAAGAUCGAGGAGAAGCAGAAGCUCCUGGCCCCGUGGCAGGAGAAGCACAACCAGCACGAGGCAAACCUCAAGGUAGCCCAGUCCGAGUUCGACAUGCUCAACCAAAAGCACCAGCGGGCCAGAGGGGAGCUUGAGCAGGCCGAGGAGAGUCUCGCGACGUUCCAAGACACCCUCCAGAAAAAGACUGUCGAGCUAAAGGGCAUGAAGAAGCAGCGCGCCGAUCUAGCCAAGAAGGAGGCUGUGUUGCAAACUGAGAUGAAGAACCUGGACAACCAGGAACCCAAGCUGAGGGCGACACUCUCCGACGCACGCCAGCAAGUCUCCGAGGCCAAGAGCAGUCUCAGCGAGAGCCGCAGCCGCGGCACCACGCUAUCGACUCUGAACCAGGCCGCCCAGGAUGGCACUCUGCCCGGAAUCUUUGGCCGUCUUGGCGAUCUGGGAAUCAUCGAUGACAAAUACGAUGUGGCGAUCACCACGGCCUGUGGCGCACUCGAUAACAUUGUCGUUGACACCGUCGAGACGGCGCAAAAGGCAAUCGAGCUCCUCAAGCGGCGCCAGGCCGGCCGAGGCAACUUUAUGUGCCUCGACAAGCUCGCCGUGCGAGACAUGAGCUCAAAGCCGACCCCUGAAAACGCACCCAGGCUCUUUGAUCUGAUCAAGCCGCGCGAGGACCGGUUCAAGGUGGCGUUUUACUAUGCCGUGCAAAACACACUCGUUGCCAAGGAUAUGGACCAGGCGAUGCGAAUCGCCUUCCCCAACAACGUCGCACGCGCACAGCAUCGCGUGGUCACUCUCGACGGCAAUUUGAUUGAGACCUCCGGUACACUCAGCGGUGGAGGACGUACGGUGCGUCGCGGAGGCAUGAGCAGCAAGUUUGUCAGCAACUUUGCUGCCGGUGUCUCGCAGUCGGCGGUCAUCAACCUCGAGAAGGUGAGCUCUGCUGCCCAGACGCAGCUGCAGGGCUUGCUGGACCAGAAGAAAGAAGUCGCGCACGAGCUCGGCGAAGUGACGAAGGAACUUCCGCAGCUGGACUUUGAAAUCUCCAAGCUGGAGAUGGACAUCAGCUCCAUGACCGAGAACCACGCGACUCUGCAGAAGAAGAUCCCCGAGCUUCGACAAUCGCUCAAGCCGGCCCAGGCAGAACUCAGCCGCCUGGCCCAGCUCGACGCCACCAUCCAAAAGGAGACGGCCAAGUUGAGUACCAUCACAGCCUCCAUGUCCAAGAUCCAAGAAGAAAUCAAGUCCCUCCAGAACCAGAUCCUCGAGGUCGGCGGUGUUCGCUUCCGAGCGCAAAAGGGCAAGGUCGACCUCUUGGAGGAGCAGAUUGCAUCGGCAAUGGAGCGCCUGGCCAAGCUCGAGGCUGAGAAGAAGACCCGCGAAAAGUCGCUCAACAAGCUGGAGGCGGGCGUGGAGAGGAAGGAAGCCGAGCUGGAAGAGACCGGGGAGGAGCUCGCCAAGGUCGUCAAGGACCUUGAGCGGGUCUCUCGGGUGGCAGCCCAGGUCAAGGACAAGAUUGAGGAAGCCAAACAGGAAUUGGCAAACAAGCAAGAGGAGCUGGACCAGAUCAAGGCCGAGCUGGAGGAAAAAACCACGACGCUCCGAUCCCUGCGAACGGUGGAGUUCGAAACCAAGGCACGACUUGAGGCCGUGCAGGAAAUCUUCGCGGCCGCCCAAAAGGCAGAGGCAUACUACAGCAAAGAGCUGAUCAAGCUGGAGCUGCAAGUUACUGGAUUCGAGGAAGAAGAGCUUCCAUCGCUGGAGCAAUAUGAAGAAGACCAGCUCGAAAACCUCGACGGCGAGCGGCUAGAAGAGGAUAUCCAGUCGCUGGAAGAUCAACUGCGGCAGGCCAAACCCAACCUCAGCGUGCUGAUCGAAUACCGACAGAAGCUGGAGAUCUAUCUGUCGCGCGGCCGGGACGUGGACGAGUUCACCCGGAAGCGUGACAGCGCCAAGAAGGUCUACGACGAUCUCAAGAAGUGCCGGUUGGAUGAGUUCAUGGAGGGCUUCACCCAGAUCUCUGAGAAGCUCAAGGAGAUGUACCAGAUGAUCACAAUGGGGGGCAAUGCCGAGCUCGAACUCGUCGAUAGUAUGGAUCCCUUCUCGGAAGGUAUCAUCUUCAGCGUGAUGCCGCCAAAGAAGAGCUGGAAGAACAUCUCCAAUCUCUCCGGAGGCGAAAAGACGCUGAGCUCGCUGGCGCUCGUUUUUGCACUGCAUCACUUCAAGCCGACGCCGCUCUACGUCAUGGACGAGAUCGAUGCAGCGCUGGACUUUAGAAACGUAUCGAUUGUGGCCAACUACAUCAAGGAGCGAACGCAAAAUGCCCAGUUUGUGAUUAUCAGUCUGCGCAACAAUAUGUUUGAGCUGGCGGACCGCCUGGUGGGCAUCUACAAGACCAACAACACCACCAAGAGCAUCACCAUCGAUCCGAGACUGAUCACGAUGCCCGAGCCGAGCUCGUAGUAAGCCCAUCGCCCUCCCUUCAUUGCCAGGAGGCUGUUUGGCAAGCAUAAAUACACUAAAUUUUGCCAGCCGAAGGCAAAGUA